UCACUGUAGAAAUAGAGAAAGACAAGAGAGUUUUUGUUUGGUUUGCUUUACCCUUUUCGCCAGUAUAAUUAUAAUACAAUUCCAUCUCUAUUUCCAUUCCUAUUUGGCAGCCACCACAGAUUUCCCAUUCCCUUUUUUUAAUUUCUUCACCUAUAUAAUUAAUAAUAAGAAGAAGAAUAACAAAAAUAAUAAUCAUCAUCAUCUUGAAUCCGAUUGAAAAGAAAGAUGUUGGAAGGGAAGGCCACCGUGAAAGAAACCGACAUGUCGGAGAAAAUGCAGAUGCACGCCAUGGCCUCUGCUUCUCAAGCCCUCGAUCUCUUCGACGUCUCCGAUUCCCUCUCCCUUGCUUCCCAUAUCAAGAAGGAUUUUGAUGGUACUUAUGGAAGUGGUUGGCAAUGCGUGGUGGGUUCUAAUUUCGGCUGCUUCUUCACUCAUUCUAUGGGCACUUUCAUUUAUUUUUCCCUUGAAACUCUCAAUUUUCUCAUCUUCAAAUCCCCUUCCUAAUUCAUAUCUUUAGGGCUACUCUCCUCUCUUUUCCCCCAACCCCCCUCGCUCUCUCUCUUCAUCCCUAAAAUUUUCAUGGAACCACAAGCAACAUCAAACCAACCGUACGUUGCUUAUGUAUUAUUAUUCUCACAUGUGAUCCAUCUUUUAAUUUCUCCUUCUGCUAUGUAUGUUUAUUAAUAAUUCUUUUUUCUUUUCCUUUCUUCAUUUUUCAUCAUAUGAACACAUCUAUAUAUCUUUUAUUAUGAUUGUUGCAAUUCAUGCGAGGUUUCCAAAA